UGCGGGAGGGCCGCCGCGGGAAGCACGGCGCCCGCAUGAGCCUGCUGGGGAAGCCGCUGUCGUACAGCAGCGGACCGAGCUGCCGCAGGAACGCCAAGUACCGCCGCCUGCAGAACUACCUGUACAACGUGCUGGAGCGGCCCCGCGGAUGGGCCUUCGUCUAUCACGCCUUCGUUUUUCUCCUUGUGUUUGGUUGCUUGAUUUUGUCCGUGUUUUCUACUAUUCCUGAACACACAAAACUUGCCUCUGGUUGUCUCUUCAUUUUGGAAUUUGUCAUGAUUGUUGUCUUUGGUUUGGAAUUUAUAAUUCGUAUCUGGUCUGCUGGGUGCUGCUGUCGAUACCGAGGAUGGCAAGGAAGACUGCGCUUUGCAAGGAAGCCCUUCUGUGUGAUAGACAUCAUUGUUCUCAUCGCUUCAAUAGCAGUUGUUUCUGCAAAAACUCAAGGUAACAUUUUUGCAACAUCAGCACUGAGAAGUCUUCGUUUCCUACAGAUCCUUCGUAUGGUGCGCAUGGACCGAAGAGGAGGCACUUGGAAAUUAUUAGGUUCUGUAGUUUAUGCACAUAGCAAGGAAUUAAUCACAGCCUGGUACAUAGGAUUUUUAGUACUCAUCUUUUCAUCUUUCCUGGUUUAUUUGGUGGAAAAAGAUGAAAAUACCGAAUUCUCCACAUAUGCAGAUGCUCUCUGGUGGGGCACAAUCACAUUGACAACCAUUGGCUAUGGAGACAAAACUCCUCUUACUUGGCUUGGAAGGUUGCUUUCUGCGGGAUUUGCUCUACUUGGCAUUUCUUUCUUUGCACUACCUGCUGGCAUCCUUGGCUCAGGAUUUGCAUUGAAAGUGCAGGAACAGCAUCGUCAGAAACAUUUUGAGAAAAGAAGGAAUCCAGCUGCAAGCCUAAUUCAGUGUGUAUGGCGUAGUUAUGCUGCUGAUGAGAAAUCGGUUUCUAUUGCUACCUGGAAGCCUCAUUUGAAGGCCUUGCAUACCUGCAGCCCUACAAAUCAAAAGCUAAGUUUUAAGGAGCGGGUCCGGAUGGCCAGCCCACGAGGUCAAAGCAUUAAAAGCAGGCAAUCUUCAGUGGGAGAUCGCCGGUCACCGAGUGCUGACAUUGCCACCGAGGGCAGCCCGACCAAAGUGCAGAAGAGCUGGAGCUUCAACGACCGAACCCGCUUCAGGCCCUCGCUGCGGCUGAAGAGCUCCCAGCCCAAACCCAUGGUCGAUGCUGACACCAGUCUUGGAACAGAUGAUGUUUAUGAUGACAAAGGGUGCCAGUGUGAUGUGUCUGUAGAAGAUCUCACCCCCGCUCUUAAAACUGUCAUUAGAGCUAUCAGAAUUAUGAAGUUUCAUGUUGCAAAGAGAAAGUUUAAGGAAACGCUUCGCCCAUAUGAUGUCAAAGAUGUCAUUGAACAGUAUUCAGCAGGUCAUUUAGACAUGUUAUGCAGGAUUAAGAGUCUUCAGUCACGUGUUGACCAAAUUCUUGGGAAAGGACAAAUCACAGCAGAUAAAAGAAGCAGAGAAAAGAAUCCUGCAGAGCAUGAGACAACAGAUGAUGUCAGUAUGUUAGGGCGGGUAGUCAAAGUGGAGAAACAGGUACAAUCCAUUGAGUCAAAACUGGACUGUCUAUUGGAUAUUUAUCAACAAGUUUUGCGAAAAGGAUCUGCAUCCGCCCUCACUUUGGCUUCAUUUCAAAUGCCAGCUUUUGAGUGUGAGCAGACUUCUGAUUAUCAGAGUCCAUCAGACAGCAAAGAUUUGUCUAAUGCUGCACAACUUAGUGGAUGUGUAUCCAGAUCAGCUAGUGCCAAUCUGCCUCGUGGCCUACAGCUUAUACUAACACCAAAUGAAUUUAGCACUCAGGCUUACUAUGCUUUUAGUCCAGCUAUGCAUAGUCAAGCAACACAAGUGCCAAAUGAUGGACCUGCAACAGUUAAUAAUACAUCAAACCAAAUAAACCAGACAACUAAGCCAGCAACUCCGACAACCUUACAAAUACCACCUUUCUCAUCAAUGAAGCAUAUCAAUAGGCCUGAGCCCAUUCAUAUUAUUCCUGUAACCACACAGGAAAAUAUUUCUAAUGUCACCGCUUGCCUUGUUGCAUCAAAGGAUAAUGGACAAGUUGCACAGUCCAGUGCAACAAAGGAUCUCACAUGGAGAAAAAGCCUGGAUACAGAAGGGGAACCUUUGCUCUCAGUUAAACCUGUGGUGCAAAUGGAUUUAGGAAAAUCUUUAUCUGUACAAAACCUUAUACAGUCAACAGAAGAACUGAAUAUACAGAUUGCUGGCAGUGACUCCAGUGGUUCCAGAGGUAGCCAAGAUGUAUACUCCAAAUGGAGGGAGUCAAAAUUAUUUAUAACAGAUGAAGAGUUGGAGACAGAGGCAGGGACAGAGACUACUGAAGCCAUCUCGCGCCCAUUAGUGGAAACAACUCUCUCUGCUGACUCUCUAAGGACUGGAAUAUCAAGAUCAUCUCAAAACAUCUGCAAGCCAGGGGAUGGUACAGAAGCACUCAAUCUGCUCCAUGUCAAACUCAAAUAAGUUCUGGCUUUCUUCAUUGGCUGGGUCAUUCCUCUAGUCAUACAUAUCACAGCAUGAACUGUUUUGAAAGCCUUUUCAAUAAGAUAAAAUCACAAAAAUCAGGAUGAAUCUGCAAAGCAGUUGAAUGAGCCCAUAUUUCCUAGUUGCAUGAAAAUGCAUGUCUAAGCAAUGGCUAACAUCCAAAUUUACACCUACAGUACAGCAGCCUUUCAUGUAGUACAGUAGGUUUAAAUAAUGAGUUGCCUACAAAGCUAAUGCUGCAGGAUGUAUCAAAAAACAAAAAUUUGAGAAUUUAGAC